GUUUAUAGUACAAUAAUUCACCAUAUUGGUGAAGUGUUAUUUAUAGUGAAGGACUGUGGAUGAUCUCAUAAACAUCCAAUGAUAUAAGAUUGUACUACAUCUGAACAAGAUUAUAUAUCCCUUGUCGGAAAAGAUUGAGAGCUUCUUCAUUUAAGAAAAUCAAGUUAUGAAUAUUUCUGAUGUUUGUUCCAAGGGAAGUAACACCAACAGAGACUUACAUGUUCAUGAUGAGAAGAAGUUAACGGUGCUCAUCGACAAUGGUGAUGGUGCUGCUCGUAAGGAAGAUAUCAAAACCAACAGUUCUUUUCUUCAUUCUGUUAUUAACAUGUCUGCUAUACUUAUAGGACUUGGCCAACUAUCAACUCCAUAUGCUUUACAAAAAGGUGGAUGGGCAUCUUCAUUCCUCCUCAUUGGGUUUGGUAUAUUAUGUGCAUAUACCUCACAUCUACUAGGAAAAUGUCUUAAGAAGGAUGAAAAAAUAAGAAACUACUCGGAUAUCGGAAACCAUGCUUUUGGUGCUAAGGGAAAAGUUAUAGCUUCGACCUUUAUUUACUUGGAGGUCUUUAUGGCCCUUGUUUCUUUCACCAUUGCAUUGAAUGAUAAUUUGGCCACAGUAUUCGAUGGAAAACACCUGAAUAUUUCGUGGACUCACUUAUCAACAUCUCAAUUCUUGACAGUCACAGCAGUUAUUCUUGCAUUGCCUACUGUUUGGUUGAAAGAUCUCUCUAAGAUAUCUUUCCUUUCUGUCGUGGGUAUUAUUUUGUCGUUCCUCAUUUUUUACAGUGUUAUACACAUUGCAGCAUUUGGAGGUGUUAAGGCUAACCGUUUUAUACCUGUGCUUCAACUGCAUAACAUUCCUGCCAUAUCUGGUUUAUAUGUUUUCAGUUUUUCGACCCAUGUUGUUUUCCCUGAUAUUUACAGAUCCAUGAAGGACCCUUCCAAAUUCACCAAGGUAUCAAUCGUGAGCUUCACAGUAGUUACGACCUUUUACACAACUAUAGCAUUCGUUGGUGCAAAGUUAUUUGGCCCUGAAGUGAGCUCACAAGUCACCCUCAACAUGCCUAAACAUCUCAUUGUGACAAAGAUUGCAUUAUGGGCAACUGUGCUAGCACCUCUCACAAAAUAUGCUUUCGCGCUCGUUCCAAUAGCAUCUCAAUACGAUCGCAAAUUACCUUCGUCAGUGAGUUCUAAAACGAGAUGGUUCAUCAGGGGUAUUGUGGGGUCUAUGUUGCUCAUACUUGUCUUGAUCUUAGCUUUAGCAGUUCCUUAUUUCGAACAAGUUCUUGGAUUAACUGGCUCUCUUGUUAGCAUUAGUGUUUCAAUUAUUUUUCCUUGUGCUUUUUAUACCAAGAUAUAUUGGUCUCAAAUAUCAAAGCCAUUUUUAGUUCUUAAUGUAUCCUUAAUUGUAAUUGCUUCAGUAUUAGGUGUAUUGGGUACUAUCUCAUCCUCUAAAUCACUUAUGAAUAUAGUCAUAAAGAAGUCACUCAGUGUAAGUUAAUGUAAUUCUGUAAAGAGGAAGAGAACAUCAAGUUCCGCCUUAUUCAUAUGUUGUUACAUUUGUAGUUUUCCUCUCUUCAAAUAUAGUUGAGUUGGGAACUUUUGCUUA